UAAAAAUGGAACAAAUUCAACAGGUAAAAGCAUAAUUUAACGAAUGCAGGAAUGUUUGAAAUUUAUCUACAAACAAGAUAAGUCCAAAAAUGAUUUGAUGGCAGUAUCUUAGGCUUUAAAAAAAUGGCCCUAAGAAGCCUAAUAAUUUAGAUAGUAUUGUCUAAACUCUAAGAUCUUUGUUUCCAACGAAGCACCGAAACACGUAUAUGUUGUUACAAAGGGGGAAUUCGUAUAAGUAAAAUAUGGUAAUUGUUUGGACAAAUGAAUAUUAGUCAAGUCACAAUCCAAGAAUCCCUUAUCUUACAUUAGUAAGAUAUUUGCUCAGGAACCUCAAAUAUAAAAAUAGCUUCGUGUAAGAUUAUAUACAAUAAUUAUCCUCCUAGACCUUCAAGGUGAUGGAUGUGAUUGGAAUGGAUGAAAUUCACAAUGAAAAUUACACCUACGAUGUUUUCUGUAAUUCAACAAUCGGAGAAGUCUUUUGCAUCAAGAAAUGUGUCUUCGAGAAAAUCGUCCCAACUCAAACCAUGAAGAAGAAGAACCUUCAAAUAACCAUAGAAAAUAAACCCUGUCAAAUGAUUGAAAUUCAUUCUGCAAAAGGAGCAACGCCAAUCAAUCGAUUAUAAUUGGGAGAAAUACCCAGAUAACCAGAAGAAAUCAGCACACAUCGACAUGAAAAGAGAACCAUCGAUUUUACAGCCUUUAAAUAAGUUAAACCAUAGCAUAUUGUUCAUCAACCAAUCCUGGAGGAACUAGAAGAACCUCCUUUAAACAAUAGAUUUCUUGGUGGUAAUAAUACAAUUAAACAUUAGAUUGAUUCAGCU